AUGCAGCAUGAAGAGUACCUUUCUCCUGCGCGUCUCCAUAUGAAAUUACGACAAACUGACGAUUUGAGGCCAACUCUCACAUCAUCAGUAAAGAGAAUCUCCUCCCAAUGUCCACCUCACAUUUUCCUGCCAUUUUCUCAGCUGUGGCAAGAAGAGGUCCAAAAUCAGUCAAAAUCAAAGACUCACUCUAGGCAGUCAAAAUCAAAGACUCACCCCAGGCAGUCUAAACCAGAGACUCACUCCAAGGCCGUCAAGACCAAGGACGGUCGACUCCAGGAGUGGGUCCGGAAGAGAAGCAGCCACACUCUGUCUGGGAUUCAACAAAAGGGCUCAGCCAGCCAGAGCCAGCGAGGACCAGCGUUUGCGACCCAUCGAGCCAAGUCAACGGUCGAGAGAAAAGAUGCUGUGGACACUAAUCGUGGCGAGCGUCGUUUGGGUUAUUACGCUAGCGGAGCUGCGUUUGCGAGUUCGAGGAGCAUCGUAGUACCGCCUCUGAAAAGACCUAGGCUUCAUGUUUCUUCCAGUCCUGGAGGUGGGACCAGAUCUCAGUCACAGUCAAGCCUUAACAGCGCCACCAACGGAAAUCUACAUCAAAAACAUCAGAAGGAGAAAACUUCAAGCCCCCCUCCGCAAGUCAAAACAUACAGCAAUCCUGAUAUUCUUAUCUGCGGCAAUUGUAGGGAAAUGUUCUCAGAACUUGCCGAGCUGUUAGAACAUAAAAAGGAAUUCUGUAAGCUGAGAUUCACCUGCAAAUGUAGCACUCUAAACGGAUCCUUGAAAGAUGUUGAAGAAGGAGUGGCUCUAACAUGCGUGCAGUGCAAAGAAAGGUACGAAUCUGCUUGGGACCUCAUGGUACACGUUCAGGCAGCACACAUGCUCAACAUUUACGAGCUGUCGGCUAAGAACAACGUCGAGGACAGGUUAACUCCACCACCAAAUGGUGACAUUCAGAAGAACGGCCAGACUAAGGUCAGCGAUGAAGAGAUGGAAACGAAAGAUCACGCAUCGGACGAAGAUACCCACUCGGAUACAGCUGGACCUUGUAUCGUGGGAGCUUUGAGCAUUGAGCCCAAUGUUGAUGGAGGGAUUGGAGCACAAGUCGAAAUAAAGAGUCUCACGAAUGGUUCCAUCAAGGCAUCCGAGUGAACGGACUAUAACAUGAUUAUUAUAAUAAUUACUGUUGUUAUUAUUAUUAUUUCGUUACUAUUACUUUGUUGUUAUAACCGUCUAGUUUUAUUAAAAUACCAUUUCGCUUCCAUUUUUAAAUUCCAAUUUUUUUCCUUCUUUUUGACACA